CCACCACUCCGGUCAACAACUCCUGUUCUUUCGUUCAUUGUCCAUUGUUACACCUCGUGGUUUGGUAGCUAAAAGACAUCUGCUUGUCAACGAGGUAUGCAGGAAAAGGAGUUUUUUGGUCCAAUGGUGGCUCAACGGGCACCAGUGCCGUCGUCCACUUUUUAAUGGCCCAUGGUGCAAUCGUCGCUAACACAUCCAUCACAUUUGCGUGGAUUGCGAUGAAUCUUCAGGUAGAGUUACUUCGGGGCUCAGCAUCCCUUGUCGAGUUGGUUCUGCUGCUGCCACGAGCAGCGAUGGGAGGUGCAAGGCAUUCAGACAGAUGGCGGUGUUAACCCAGGGAAACCUUGCAAUAUACAGCUUUCCAAUAUCUCCGCGGGAGAUAGCUGCAACUGGUCCAGGCAUAGUCUUGUCUGAACAUCACGCUCGACCAGACUAAUUGACAUCAUCUGUCCAUGCAGGCUUCUUGUCCCAAGGAAAUAAUUGGAGACCCUUGUUGCGUCGAGGUUCCGAACCGCUGCAACAAAUUGCUCGCAUCUUCCCAUCUUGAGAAAAGCGGACAAACUACACCAGGCACAGACCAAAAAUAGACGUCCGAAGUUGAUAACUCCAAACGACGGGGAAUGACCCGGCACCUUGCCGUCGCGAGGCCUCUAACUUCCAAGAACAUGGCUCAGUCUGCGUCGCAGCUUUUUGGAACUAGCACCACAACCGUGUCACACUCCCGUAAUGGCGAUCAUCUCAAGUCCGCCGUUGAGAUCGUAAGAAAGCCGCCCGUCGGGGCGUGACUCGAAUUGGCGCGAAACGGCGUCUGUCGUUAGACGUUAGACGUUGUGCCCAAUGGCCCGAAUGGGUGACAUCUGACAGAUAAAAUGUCCAAUAUCCCCCCCACAGCUGGGAUGAUGGGAUCACAUCAGCCUCUCGAGUUUCUUUGCCUCCCCAGCGAGGUCAAGUUCCUAGCAAGACAAGGACUCGGUCAAUACUCGGCAAAGAUCAUCAUCCCAGUAUAGCAACGAUACCUCGCGAUUAUGAAGUCCUCCCCAAUGAUACUAGGGGCCCUCGCUUGGGCCUCGCUAUCCACCAUCACACUCGCCAACGACGGCCACUCACCACCAAUACUUUCGCGAUACAGAAGGUCUUCCUGCUCUGCCCUCGCCGCCGCUGAACUUACGGUUGACACCCCCUUGGGUACCGUUUUCGGCACAACAUACCCUGAUACGCCCUGUGUCCGCCGAUUCCUCUCCAUCCCCUUCGCCCAACCCCCAGUGGGAUCUCUCCGCUUUCUCCCUCCUGAACCUCUCUCCGCCCUCCCCUCCUCCCCAUACAGAGCAACUCAAUUCGGUCCCUCAUGCAUGCAGUUUCUCAUGGAAGACCCGCCAACCAUCUUCACACAGUUCGUCAACCAGUACAACCUGCAAGGACUCAACAUGACCUCUCCCUUUCUCUCCGAAGACUGCCUCUCUCUCAGUGUCUACGCCCCACCAGUUCGGGCUUGGGGCCAAAAGCUCCCAGUGAUAAUCUUCAUUCACGGUGGUGCCUUCAUAGCAGGCGGCCAAGACGUCCCCUAUCAAAUUCCCGCUAACUGGGUCCAAGAUUCACAAGAGCAUAUUGUAGUCACCUUCAACUACCGCUUGAACAUCUUCGGCUUCCCCAACGCCGCAGCUUUUGCCGGGGACAGCACCAAGCAAAACCCCGGCUUGCUCGAUCAAAAGCUGGCCAUCCAAUGGGUCAAAGACUACAUCAGCUACUUUGGCGGAGACCCAGAGAGAAUUACCCUUUGGGGGCAGUCAGCCGGUGCUAUCUCUGCGGCUUGGUACCAAUAUGCAGCUUUUGACCCUUCAUUCCCCCAGGUUUCGGCCGUCAUCAUGGACUCUGGGACAGAGAUCUUCCCGCUUGCUCGGGCGAGCACAGAGGACGUCAAGCACGGAAACUUUACCGCCGUCGCGACCGAAGUCGGUUGUGGGGGGUUGUCACCUCAGGAGGAGUUGGAAUGCAUGCAAACCGCCGAUGCGGAACAUAUUGAGGCGUUCUUGCAGGUGAACAUGGAGGAGCUCAUGAGCGGGAAGCCGUUCAUUUACUUUACAUCCGUGGUGGACAACAGAACCGUGUUUGGGAACUACACGGACAGGGCGAUCAAGAAGGAGAUUUUGGAUGUGCCGACAAUCAUCGGAACAAACGCCAACGACGGCAUCCCCUUUGUCCCACUCACCGCAGAGGGAGUCAACUCCACCAUCGAAGCCCUCACUACGGCAGUCUUCUUCUUUUGUCCCGCCGUGCAGGCCAGCGCGCUGCGGAUCAUGGCCGGCGUGCCCGUCUACCGAUAUCUUUACACGGGCAACUUUAGCAAUGUCUCACCUGAGGCGUUUAUGGGAGCUUAUCACUCGGCUGAGCUGCCUCUGAUUUUCGGCACUCACUCCCUGCUCCGCGGCCUGUCGACACCGGAAGAGGAGGCCGUCAGUGAAGCGAUGCAGGACGCUUGGGUGGCGCUUGCGAAGGGCGGGCAGGCUGGACUCGAAGCGACAGGGUGGCCGAGGUAUAAUCUUGACACGAGACUGGUGAGGGAGUUUGGGCAGUUUGAGAAUGGGACGACGACCGAGGACGGGAGGGUGCCGCUGUCGAGUGUGGUGAGGGAUGUCAGUUUGAAGAAUAUGGAGGAGAUGUGCCCACCUAUCUUGGAUGCGUGGCUUGUGUAAGGAACGAGGGCGGGAGAUAUCGUUGUAUGCUGUCACGAAGACUACGAGUAUGGACAUGGACUAUUGAUGUCUCGGAUCGGGACGCGCAUGAUGGAAGGAAUGAUUCAUGAUUAUGAAUGAGCGCUUACGGGGGUUAGCUCUGAGGUGUAGGAGGGAGUUCUGGAAGUGCCAGGCUUUUGGUCUAGAGUGAUCUCCCAUAGGAAAUUGAUGACCCUUAUCUUUUGGUCUUC